UACAACGAUGGCGAAGGCCGUUACCUAGGUUCCGACGGCAACCACCGUUACGCCUCCGGUGUCAAGUGUUGGAACGAUUAUUUCGUUGUCGAACAGAACCUUUACAACGACCCCUGGCGCCAGGCCUCCAGCAAAGUUUACUGCACCAAGAGCCAGUCCUGCCAGGCAACUCAGGGUGUCAACAACCAGGUCUGCGAGACUACUUCCUUUGAGAUUUCGGCUGGGAUCACCGCAGAGUUUGUGACCGCCAGUAUCAGCGUUGGCCACCAGACGCAGACUUGCAGCGGAUCAACCUCAUUGACUGCUUGUACCUGGAACGAUCAAGGCUGCCAUGUCAUUUGGAGCCAACAGCAGAUGUUAAGCCAGAAGGGAUACCAAAGACGAAGGUGCGCAAGUGGUGAUGGAGACUACACGGCAUGGACUAAAUUUUUGGAAAAGAAGGCUCCUACCGAGUUCAAGAAUUACGGCUGUGGAAGCUCUUGCAAUGAUAGC